UAUAAUAUAAUAAUAAUCAGCACAGCUGGGACUAUUUGGGCCAGGAACUCUACCACCACCUGAUAUCAUCACCACCACCACCAACAACAACAACACAAACAAAACAAAAUCUCUAAAAAACUCGAAUGCAAAAUAUUGAUUGUAAUCAGACUGCUGGGAAAACAUCGGUUUAUAAGAGCUAGAACAUGUUUCUGAGGACAGAAAGUCCUACUCAACAGACCUCCGCUGGAAAUGUACGGCAGGCACUCAGAACCUUCACUUCUGUGGACAUCCUCUCUGCCUCCUUCCACUCAAAAAUAACAAACUAAACAAAAAUCCACUUCCGGGCUGGAGAGAUGGCUCAACAGUUAGGAAUGCUUACUGCUCUUGAAGAAGACACCCAGCGCCCUCAUUGGCUGGAUCCCAAUCAUCUGUGACUCCAGCUCCAGUUCCAGGGCUCCAGGGGAUCUGAUGUCCUGUCCUGAACUCCAUAAGAACCAGGCUCACACAUCAGAGCUAUGCAGGACCCACCAUGCAGUGCUUCAAAUUCAUUAAGGUCAUGAUGAUCCUCUUCAAUCUACUCAUCUUUCUCUGUGGUGCAGCCCUGUUGGCUGUGGGAAUCUGGGUGUCCGUCGACGGGACAUCUUUCCUGAAGGCCUUCGGAUCACUAUCAUCGAGUGCCAUGCAGUUUGUCAACGUGGGCUACUUCCUCAUCGCCGCUGGUGCUGUACUCUUUAUUCUUGGUUUCCUGGGCUGCUAUGGUGCUCACUCCGAGAACAAGUGUGUGCUCAUGAUGUUCUUUUCCAUUCUCCUCAUCAUCUUCAUUGCGGAGAUUGCAGGGGCCGUGGUUGCUUUGGUGUACACCACAAUGGCUGAACAAUUCCUGACAUUUCUGGUGGUGCCUGCUAUCGAAAAGGACUAUGGUUACCAGACUGAAUUCACCCAAGUGUGGAACUCUACGAUGGAGGGGCUGCAUUGCUGUGGCUUCAACAAUUACACAGAUUUUAACUCCUCACGUUUCGUCAAAGAGAACAAAGUCUUUCCUCCGUUCUGUUGCGCCAACAACACUGACAGUCAUACAGUUGAACCAUGCACCGAGGACAAGGCCAAAAGUAUGAAUGUACAGGGUUGUUUCAAACAGAUUCUGCAGAAAAUCAGAACCAAUGCAGUUACCGUGGGUGGUGUGGCAGUUGGAGUUGCGGCCCUAGAGCUGGCUGCCAUGGUGGUAUCCAUGUAUCUAUACUGCAAUCUGAAGUAAGACUGCUUCUUCCUCCUGACUUGUCGUCACAUGGAAACCAGGAAGAGGCACUUGGCACAGCUAAGCAGCAGCAAUGGGUGGAGAUGAAACGUCAUUUGGGCUGGAGUGGAUCUGCCUUUGCUGCUCUGGACUUCGGGCUAAUUAGGGACCACCGCUCGGGCUGUGUCUGUCUUGUUCUUCCACUACUGGGGCGAGGGGGGCAUUGGUCCCAGUCUCUGAGGUAGCCAUGUCUGCCCAUCUCCUGAGAUUCUUGAUGAUCCCAGCACUCCACUGGUGGAUGAAGGCACUUAUAGCCUGGGCAUAUUCUAGCACUGCAAAGUCAUAGAAGGAAUGUACAGAAGGUGUUUUGGAACUUAUAAACCAAUGAAAAUACUUCUAA